AUGCAUCGAAAAAAUGAAAGCAGUCAAGCGAAGAAAAAAAUAUCGUCAAUAAGUAGACACCUGUCUAAUGGUAAUCGACGAAAGGAAUCAUUGCGUCGCACAUGGUCUCACGAUUUACCGUCAUUAGCAACAAAUACUGUUAAAAUGUUUGUUGCUACUCUACAUAUAGGUGCAACUGUGACUGAAUCGUCUACGGAUAAAAAUAAUGAAUUAAAGCAAUAUGAUAAUGAUAAUGGUGGUGGUGAUGAUGAUGAUGAUGAUAACGAUGAUGAUGAUAAUGAUCUAUUAAAUUUAGGUCAAGAAGUACAAGCACACAUUCCAGAUAUUGUUUUAAAUAAUUUAAAUGAUUUAAUUGAUCGUAAAGGUAAUAUAUCAAUACCAAAUGAACAUAAAUAUGAAAAUUCAACAUUAUUAUUUCUUGAUGUAUCCGGUUUUACAUCAUUAACAGAACAAUAUUCAAAUGCUGCACAUUUAGGUAUUGAUCAAUUAACACGUACAUUAAAUUCUUAUUUUGAUAAACUUGUUUAUGAAAUCUUAACACAUGAUGGUGAUAUAUAUAAAUUUGCUGGUGAUGCUAUACUUUCUCUAUGGACAGAUGAAACAACUGGUCCACAAAAAGCAUUAAAAUGUGCAUUACAUUUACAACAAAAAUGUGGUGCUUAUGAAACGGAUGUUGGUGUUAUAUUACGUUUAAAAGUUGCACUUGCUUAUGGAUCUGUAUGUGCUUUAUUUGUUGGUACGGAAGAUUUUAAACAUUAUUUAUUAACUGGUGAUUGUAUUAAAAAUGUUAAUGCAUGUGAACAAUUAUGUGAGCCUGGGGAUAUUAUAAUCACAAAAGCUAUUUAUGAUAAAAUACAAUCGACAUCAACACUUAAUUGUGAAUUUGUUCCUGUUAGUGAAGAUAUUGAUCCUAAACAGGAACAUAUUGCUGUUAAAUAUUCUCAAUCAAGACGAUCAUCAAUCGGUGAAGUUUCCGAUACAGAAGAACAUAUAAAUAAUUCAACAAUGAUCCAAGAUAGAAUGGAUAUUUCAAAUCAAGAAAUAACUAAUGAUGUUACUAAUAAUAAUCAUAAUAGGGAAUCAUCGGAAAAUGAUUUACCCGAUGAUGAACUUUAUGUUAAAAUUGAUGUAUUAAUGAAAUCAUUUUUAUUACAUUGUGUCUAUCAACGUAUUGAACGUAAACAAUCAUUAGAUUAUUUAUCUGAAUUACGUCGUGUAACAAUAUCAUUUAUUAAUCUUGAUAUUGUAAAUGAACCAACAAUAAAUGAUAAUAUGUAUGAAAAUAUUCAUAAAAUAUUCGUGCAAAUAUAUGAAUUAACGAAAAUGAUGGGUGGAGUUUUAACAAAAGGAUUAUUAUUUGAUAAAGGUUGGUCAUUUUUAUGUGUUUAUGGUUUACCAGGUUAUAAACAAGGUGAUGAUACAGCAAAUGCACUUAAAUCAGCUCAAAUGAUUCAUUCAACAAUACAAAAUCAAUGUAAAUUUGUUGAAAAAUGUUCAAUUGGUGUGACAACGGGUUUGACAUAUUGUGGUGUAGUUGGACAUAGAGCACGUUGUGAAUAUACAGUUAUUGGUCGAAAAGUAAAUAUGGCUGCACGUUUAAUGUGUAAUUAUCCAAAUAUAAUCUCAUGUGAUCAAGAAACAUAUUAUAAUUCACGUUUAAGUAGUCGAUUUUUUCAAAUUCUACCGGAUAAAACUUUAAAGGGAAUGAAUAAUGUUGGUGUUAUUUGGCAUUAUUGUGAUAAUCAUGAUUUAGUACACGCAAUGGAAGAAAAUAAAACAUCGAAUUAUCAAUUAAAUGAUACAAAACAUGAAGAUUUUCCAUUAUUAGGACGAAGAGUUGAAUUAAUGAUUGUUGCAGCACAAAUUAUGUUACUUGAUGAACCAGUAAAUAGUAAAAAUCGACGGCGAGAACUUGCAGCUAUUAUUUUUGAAGGAGAAGAUAAAAUUGGUCGAAGUCGUUUGUUACAAUUCAUAGCUAAAUCAUUAGAAAAUUCGUCAAAUGUUAGUAACGCAUCUGUUGCUUCUUUCUAUAAUAAUACAUACAUUCCAAAUGAUGUAACAAUGAAUAGUAAUAAUACAAAUAUCCCAAUCUAUGAUAAUGGAACUGAACCUGUAUCAUCAUUAAAUUGUUAUUCAAAUGAUUGUGCAAUGAUUAAAAAACCAUCCAUACAUGUUAUUAAUUAUCGUUGUCAAUUAGAACAACGUUUUAAUGAAUUUAGUUUACUUCGAUCAUUAUUAAGACAAUUACUACAAUUUCAUCAUGAUGAAAAAACUCAAUACGAACGUGAACAAUAUCUUUUACGUUUAUUUGAUAUAAAUAAAACAAAUGAUUUAUAUUUAAGACGAAAUUUAUUUGUAUUAAAUGAUUUACUCGAUGUGAGAUUUCGUCAUAGUCAUAUUGAAACAGAAAAUAAUAAUGAUAAUACAUUAGUUAAAACUUAUGAAUCAAAUAUGAAUGAAGUACUAUUACAUAUUCUAAAUAAACUUAUUGAUAUACCAAAUAAUAUUGCAGAAUUAUAUGGAGCAACAUCUGCCGUAAAUUCAACAAAUUCAUGUCCAAUUUAUUUAAAAGCUCGAUUAUCAACUAGUUCAACAGCAAGUUUAACUGCAGCUAUACCAUCUACAACUGUAUCAAAAAUUAUAUUUAUCAUUGAUGAUAUACAUUUUGCUGAUGAAAGUUCAUUGAAACAUUUACUUACAUUGGGUAGUCAUCAAAAAUGUUUAUUAAUUCUUUCAGUGAAACCACCACGAAAAAAUAAUAAUGAUCGAUCAAAUUCGAAUAUAUUACAAUCAAUAACAACUGAUUCACGUGUUUAUCUUCGUCGAUUACCUGGAUUAGAAUUACGUUGUUUAGCAACACUUGGAUGUCAAAUGUUAUCUGUUCAUCGAUUACCAGCAAAACUUGUUAAAGUAUUUAAUGAAAGUUGUAAUGGUAUACCGGGUUUUUGUGAACAAAUUGUAUUUGAUUUAUUGAGUAAAGAUAAAAUCUAUAUUGAUGAUAAUAAUGAUUCUCAUGAUCAAGAUUCCGGUUUAGUUGAAGGUGAUCCAGAUAAAAUCUUAAUAAAUAAUCCAAUAAAAACUGGUUUAUUUAAAACAUUUUUUUCUCGUCGAAAACAAGAAAUAAAAUCUGAACAACGUGAAAAUGAACCAAUAUUUUCUCGUAUAUGUUUAUUACGUGAUCCAACCGAAGAAGAUUUUAAUGCUGAUUGUCAACAAAAUUUUCAAAAUUAUAUUAUGUGUCGAAUUGAUCGUUUAUCUGAAGGUGAAAGUCUUCUUGUUAAAAUAGCUGCUAUUAUUGGUUAUACAUUUUCACGUACAUUUCUAUGGUAUUUAGUUGAUCCACAAUCAAAAAAAUUAAUCAAUAUACAUUCAUGUAUAUUAGAAAUGAUGCAACGAAAUGUUAUUGAAUGUGCUUUUGGUAAACAACAACCAGUUAAAACACGUACAAUUAAAUGUUAUUGUUUACAAAAUCCCGGUGGUUUUCCAUCACAAUGUCGUUUGAUGGCAUUCACACAUUCAACUAUACGUGAAGGAAUCAAUAAUUCAUUAACAGAUGGUUUAAAACGUUCAUUAACACGUAAUGCAAUUGAAUAUUUAGAAAAACAAUCAACAAUUCUUUGUUUAACAUGUGGAGCGGGUAAAAAUGAUAGUCCAUUUCUUGUACAAGAACAAGAUGGUUUAGCUAAAUUUCUUAAAAAUAGACAACAACCGGCUUUUGUUGAUAUUGUUAAAAUGGCUGCUUUGAAGGAGAUUGAUAAUGCUAUUAAAAAUAUAUCACGUACAAUUAAUUCACCAUCGAGAACACGUUCAAAUACAGGAGUCAAUGAACCAAUUCAAUCAUUUUCAGUACCUAAUGCAAAUGAAAUAGUUGAUGAAGAAAACAGUGCUGAUCAUAAUCAAAAGAAACGUCGAAAUAGCGUUGAUACCAGUUCUGCUAAAUUACCACCAUUGAGAAGACCUUCAACUUUAAAUCCUACGAUAGUUAGUGAUGAUGAUGAUGAUGAUAGUGAUGAUAAAAAUGAAGAAAUAUGUGAUACAAAAAAUUCUCCAACAACACAUCGUGAAUCAAAUGAUCCAAAUUUAACUUUAAUAAGUGUUUAUUCACCUGAUGUAUCACCAACAGUUGAAAUGAAUGUUAAACGUGCACCAACAUCACCAGUAUCAAGAUCAAGUCAAUUAUUUUCUCUAUUUAGAUUACCACUACGAAGAAAUGUUAGUGUAAGUGAAUCAAGAUCUGAAUUAUUACACAAAGUUGAUGGAACUGUAUCGGAUAAUAAAUCAAAUAAAUGUGAAACUAUUGUUGAAGUACCACCACCAACAACAAGACCAAAUAAAAGUCGUGUUAUGUCAUUUAUAAGAUAUCUCUUCUGUCAAUUUACACCAAUUGGUUCCAAUGCAACAGUAGCACCAUCUAUUGAAUAUCAAACGCCAAGUGACAGUAAUGAUGAUUUAAAUGAAAAUCUACCAGAUGAUACAACUGUGCAAACUGAAACGCACUCAAAGGCAAUGGAAGUUCCAGUUCCAAAGGAUUAUUUUUCUCAUUGGAAAAAAGUUCGUAAAGCAAUAUUACCAGCAUCGGGUAAAAUACAUCGAGCAAUACCUAAUGAAGAUGAAUUACUUGCACAACCAAUGUUUUCAUUAGAAUUAAUGAAAGGAUUAUCUGAUGAUUUAAAUCGUUUAAAUAAACAAAUUUCUCUAACACGAUCAUUUGAAGUUCUCUAUGAUGAAUCACUUUUAUUUCAUACAUUUCAAUCCUAUGUUCGACAUAAUAAUUUAAUGCAAUAUGUUUAUGACCAAGUACAAAAUGAAGAAGAAGAAAAUAUUCGAGAUUUAAAUGAAUAUUUAAAUGAAUUUACUUCUUAUAAUGAUUUACGUAUAUGUGAAUGUAUUGAUUAUGUUAUGUCUGUUUAUAUCAAAUUAGUUGAAUAUCAUACAAAUCUUUAUGAUAUAUAUGAAAAAAUGGCAGAUGAUAAACGUGAUUAUUCACAUUUAAAACAAUUCGAUCGUAUUAUGUAUUAUCGUACAGAAAUUUGUCGUUUAUUAUUACGUUGUAAUUGUUUACAACGUUUAUUAGUUGAAAUUGAAAAUGGUAUGAAAUUUCUAGAAAAAUUUCAAAAUGAUACAAAUAAUGGAGACGAUUUUAUUGGUCAAUAUCAAUAUUUAAUUAUUAAAUAUACUUAUGAUAUUUUUCAAGCAACACUUUUACAACGUACAAGAGCUAUAAAUGAUUCCCAGCAAUUAUGUGAAAAAAAUUUAAAAGAAUUAAAUCAACUACAUGAAGAUAAAAUAUGGGAUAAAUUAAUAAUAAAUACAAAAUUCGAUGAUCCAGCAUCAGCAAAAGAAAAAAGACAACAAUUUGAGCAUAGUAAAGAGCAUCAAUCGAAAGAUUUUUCAAUAGAUAGUAGUCACACAUCUACCACGACUAAUUCUGAACAAUUUAUUCUUUUUACUGGAAAAUAUCGUCUUGAAUAUUUAUUAUGUCAAUAUAAUCUUCUUUUAUAUGAUUUAUCUCGUCAUCAAUCUACUGAGUCAAUAACUAGAUUAAUUGAUUUACAAUAUUAUACAUUUCCAUUAUCAUUCUCUCUUUCAUGUACAAUAAUUCUUGUUGAAUAUUUUUAUUGUCAAAAAGAUUAUAAUCAAUGUUUAGCAUUAAUUGAUAAAAUUCUUCAAUUUUGGUGGCCAUAUGUAAGUCCUCGUGAAAAACUUGAAUUUGGUAAAUUAAAAUGCUUAUCAUUAAUAAUCGAAUUAAAACAAGGUUCAAUUGAUUCAGCUAUAGUAUCAGGUUAUUUUGCUAAACGUAUAUUAACUAAUUAUCAUGAAAAUAUCUUUCUUUGUGAAUCAUGUAUUUAUUUAACAUUUGCAUUAAUAUGUGAAAUGCGUGUAUCAAAUAUUGAAUUAAUUCUUCAACAUCUAGAAUAUUUAAGUGAACAAACAAUGAAUUGUUAUGCAAAAUUAUGGUAUUAUAUAUUAGUUAUUGAUGUUGGUAUUGAACUUGGUUAUGAACUUAUGCCAAUAACAAUUGAUUUAUUAGAUAAUAUAACAAAAUAUCGUAAAAAACUUCGUCCUGGACCCAAUGAACGAACAUUAUUACUUGUUUAUACUGAUUGUACAUUAGCACAAAUUUAUGCACGUUUAGGAUUAUUAGAUAUGUCAAAAAUACAUUUUCAUUUAGCUUUACAUCAAAUAAAAUAUGAUCAAAUGCAUUUAUCUAUGAGUGAUUUUCGUCUUAAACGUGCAUUAUUAAAAUUAGUUGAAAUACAAUUAUUACAUUGGUAUUAUAAAAAAGAAUCGGAUGAAAAUUUUACUAAAGAUGUUUUUUUCUUACAUAAUUUUAAUGAAUCAAAUCAUGAAGAAUUUCUUGCAUGGAAUAAAACAAGAUUUUGUAUUUAUCAAGCUUAUUAUGAUAGAUUAAUUAAUGAUUAUAGAAGACAAGAAAAACUUUCGAUCGAUAAUGAUUACAAUUGGGAAACAAAUUUACAUGAAGCUGAAAAAACUGCUACGAAACUUGAUUUAGAAUGGAUAGAAUGUUUAAGAAGUGCCUGGUCACUUCCUGCAUCUGAACAAAUUCAUUUAAAAACAAAACAUUCAACAUCUGAUCGACAAGUUCGUCGACCCAUAUUAUUAACGAAACAUAGCAAUCGACGUAUCAUUCGACCAGCAAUCCCUCAUAUUAGGACAACUGCAAAGAACGAUAUAAAUCUAGAAAAAAAUCCCGAUGAUCAAUUUUCAAUAAUGAAUAAUUCCUCUCAUCAGAAAUUUGUUGAUUGGCGUUCAUGUUUAAACAAUAAUUCACCACAUUUCCAACUAUAUAUUCUUCCGGUGAAAGUGUAA